AUGCCCAGCUUCUUCCAGUUCACCCAGGGCACCGAGUCCCGCGUCCGGCCCAACGACUCCUCGCCGCUCCUCGGCCGCUUCCGCGCCGUACCACCCCCGCCCGAGUCUGGCGCCCGCCGAAGCAGCCAGCUAGGCCUGCUCUCGAACAGCAUCGCCGCCGGCCGCGGCAGCGUGCACGUCGGCUACGGCGCCCUCAUCGCCGCCCACCUCGGUGACAGCGACAGCGAGGAUGAGUGCAUCCGCCGCGACGGCCGCCUCGGGCUCGGGGAAGACGUUGCGGCCCGGGAUCGGUUGUGGCAGAAGUGGGUGAUUGACCUCUGGGUCGAGCCCAGACAGUUGGCUGUCAUGAAGGUUGUGGAUCGGUGGUGGAGCCGAUAUGGGCUCUUGGUGUUUAUGCCGGCCGUUCUGGCCAUCACAUGGUGCGCCAUUCCUUUUCCUCAGUAUCCCCUGCCUAGAGAUGACGACGGCGACCAACAAGACCCGACAAAACCCGGCAAGCGACCCGGCUAUGGCGCUGCCAACGUCGAGGUCAACUUUUGGUUCUUUCUCUUUAUUUACUAUGGCUUUUACAAUGCUACAGCGCUGGUGUGGAUUACAAAGGUGUUUAACCUCUACAACCUCAACUGGUGGCCAAAGAUUCUGGGCUUCCCGGUGACCGUGUCAUUGAUAGCCAUUCUAUCACUGGCAGUUCCGGUACCCCUUUACCUCAUACCAGAGACGCGCUUCCUGACAAAUCACAACACGUCGUGGAUCUCAUGGACGUUUUGCGUAAUGGCCAUGCCUGUGGCCAUCGCGUUUCUCAUCCUCAUGACCAACGAGCGACACAUUGGCCUGCGACACUCGCUUUCUGAAACGCAGCGCAUUUUUACUACAUCUUGGUGGACGGGCGAGCCUGACACCAUGUCACGGCCGGAUAGACGUCGGCGUAACGUGCCAGGCGACUUGUGGGAGCACGACGUGCUGCAAUCGUAUGAGGCGACGCGGCCGCAGGGAGUGGCCAUGAGGCCAUACGUGCUGGGAGAGGCAUACGCCGAGCUCUACCUGCAGACGCUGCCGCACAACAGUUUGGAGACAGUAGUGUACGUCUACGGCUGGGUCAUUACGGUGCAUCUGCUGGACGCGCUUACUGGCUGGGUGCUGGGAGUAAGGGAGGGCGAGCGCGUGGGAAGCUACCCGCUGAGUUGGGUUUUUAAGCUGUAUUUUAUGCUUACGUAUCAAACAUACGUGCGUGCGCUUUACGCUCGACUGCGUACGCCACAGCAGUUCAUUGUGCUGCAGAUACUGUCGUCGACGAGCUUGGUGAUUCUGACGCCGCUGAUGAUGACGCAGACAUUUCACAGGGCCAUGUGCGUGCUGGGGCUUAAUGGACAAACGUACGGGUCAUAUCAGAAGCUGCAAACGCGAAAUGUGUUUAUCCGGUUCUUGGCGGAGAAUGCAUCCAUGGCGACGUUCCUAGGGAGCGUGCUCGUGCUGCACUAUGGCGCUAACAAGGACGUGUAUCCGUACUUUGCGUUUGAUCGCGAAUCGGAGCCGUACAAUUUGAACUUGACGCUGUACUUUUCGGCGAUUACCUGGCUGUGCGAGCUGGUGGCCAGCGUGGCGGUGCGGGGUCUGAUUCGGUACUGCUUCAAGGUGGACGUCGGGCUGGAGGGCAAGCUGGACCUGGCAGUGUGGCCGGAGCUGCUGCCGACGUGUGUGGCAGUGAUGCUACAUGUCCUACAGAAUAUGAUGUUUUCGAUUAUCCGGUUGCAGUUUCAUUAG